UCGACCCAAACCGCGAUUCUUCUCUCUUUCUUCAGAGUCUCCACAGCAUAAACCCUAAAAAUCCAAAUCGGGAAGACUGGCUACUUAUCUACCCCUACCUGCCGUCCUGUUCGUCAAUUCCAGGAGGAUUCCAAUUUGCAACAUUCAACACGAUAAAUUUUGUACAUCAGAGUUGUUGUAAAUUUGUGAGCAGAAAUAGAUAUGGCUGGGUUUUUGCCUGCUGAGUCCUCUCAUAGUGGAAUCACUGGAAUGUAUGAUGGCGGAUCAUCUAACGCUCAGGAGAGGCUUGAGGAAGGAUCCUGUUGGUACUUUUACAGAAAGGAAAUUGAAGAGAAUUCUCCAUCUAGGCUAGAUGGCAUUGACUUAAAGAAGGAGACAUAUCUACGCAAGUCAUACUGUACCUUUCUACAAGAUUUGGGCAUGAGACUUAAAGUACCCCAGGUAACGAUUGCAACAGCCAUAAUAUUCUGUCACCGAUUUUUUCUUCGACAAUCACAUGCAAGAAAUGACAGAAGGACUAUUGCAACGGUUUGUAUGUUUCUUGCUGGCAAGGUUGAAGAAACUCCACGGCCACUGAAAGAUGUUAUCCUCGUUUCUUAUGAAAUCAUACAUAAGAAGGAUCAUGCAGCAGUUCAGAAGAUCAAGCAAAAGGAGGUAUAUGAACAGCAGAAAGAACUAAUUCUAAGUGGAGAAAGGGUUGUUCUUGCAACUCUUGGUUUUGAUCUUAAUUUACUGCAUCCUUAUAAACCCCUAGUCGAGGCGAUAAAGAAAUUUAAAGUGGCACAGAAUGCCCUUGCUCAAGUUGCAUGGAAUUUCGUCAAUGAUGGACUACGGACAUCUCUUUGCUUGCAAUUUAAACCCCACCACAUCGCAGCUGGUGCCAUUUUUCUUGCUGCCAAGUUUCUCAAAGUCAAGCUCCCGUCAGAUGGCGAGAAGGUCUGGUGGCAGGAGUUUGAUGUCACCCCACGCCAAUUGGAGGGUGGGUGUCCUCAUUUUAAUUCAGUAGAAGUUAGCAAUCAAAUGUUGGAACUGUAUGAACAAAAUAGAGCCCCAGCUUCCAAUGAAGUCGAAGGAAGUACCGUUAGCGGUGCUACUCAUCGGGCUCUGCCAAAAAGUACAGCUUGCAAUGAAGAACAUGCUACACGACCUGGAACCUUGAAGUCUUCGUCAUCUAGACCAGCUUCUGACCAGUCAGAUGUUGACAAUGGCGAUGGACUUCCCAGAACCACCCGCAGCCGAAGUAAUGACUACAGAAGUACAGAAACAAAAAUUUCUUCUGAGCAAAAUGUGGAUGCUGAAUGCAAAGUACCAAUGCCAUCCCACCAGGAGAAGGGAGGACCAUCUCAAAGUGUAUCAAAAUUUGGGUCAGAGGGAUGUGGUGAAGGUGAAAAUAAUGGGAAAUGUGCAACAAGAGAAGCAGGGGAACUGCAGGACAAAUUGGAUCGAAGUAUGGAGAAUAGAACAGGUCCUCUUGGUCAGUCACCUCAGGAUGUCAUAAAAAAGAUUGACAGAAACAAGUUAAAGGCAGCACUGGAGAAACGCAGGAAGUCCCAGGGUGAUAUGACUCGAAAGAAAGAUUUGUUGGAUGAAGAUGAUCUCAUUGAGAGGGAACUGGAAGAUGGUAUUGAACUUGGCACUGGGAGUCAAAGCCGGUCCAAUCCCUCAAAUGUACCAGAACAUGAGAACUUACAUGAAGGAAAACAUCAAGAGAGUGUUGGGUAUGGUGGAACUGAUACAAAUAACGUGGAAGAAGGUGAGGUAUCUGCACAUGAUGAUGGUGGCCACGGAUACCAAUCACCCAAACGCAAGGCAGAUAGCCCUACCCGUGAUGCUGUAGAGAAGAGGCACCGUCGUGAUUAUGAGCCUGGCACCUCCCACCAUAUUGGGUUUGAUUAUGCAGAAGAUCAUGGUAGGAGGGUUGGACACACAGAAAGGGAUCAGAAAUGGCAAGCACAGGAGAAUCAUGUUUGAGUUGGCUGGAUCCUUCAUUGCACAAUUGUACACUGAUAUCUUUGCUGACUAUCCUCGGUAUGCUCAUCUGAUCCUUUAUUAUUCCUGGUAUCGGAAUAAUAUACUAUUGAUGUUUCCAAAGGGACAUAAAGGCUCAUCAUGAUGAUGUAUCGUGAUUGAAGAAACUUCCAAUACUUGAUGAAGCAUCAAUUAUUAAAAAUGAUUGCAAUUUUUGUGGGGGCAUCAUGUAUUUAUGUUCCAUUGUCCAUGGUUACGGACUGGGUUGACAAUAAUAUGAUGAUGAAUAUACGAGGGAUAGGUAAUCCAUUGCAAUCACAA